CGAAGUGAUCUACGGUGGCUCUGUGAAAUGAUCCCAACAAUUUGAUGGUCAACAACAUCAUAAACACAGCUCACACAACAAUGUCUGGCAUCAUGUAACUUAAGAGAGUACGAACGGUCUCGGCGAAUUAUCUCUUAUCGCUUCUGCUUGCUAUGGUGUACGAGUUGCGCGAACAGCCCUGGUUCGGACUCUACGUCUCGUAUCAAAUUGUGACGACAACACUUUUUCGUCUGCCCUACUGGUAUCUUCUCUCCUACCCACGGUCAUGGCGGCCGCGGGCAUCCUGGACGAAACAACGUUCAGUUCUCGUGAGGUUUUUCCGACACCUGUUUGAUAUAACCCAGAAAACCGGCCCACUUACGUCUUUCCCUACACAUCGCGCGAUCCGACCAGGGCCGGGCGUGAAAGGGGUGUGGGUCGAAGCUACUCCCCAUCUCAUUACCGGUGUGCUAUUGUCGAUGGCCACAGCAGCUAACGUCAGUUGCGCCUACAUACCAGGCUAUUGGAUCGAUAAUGAUGAAACGUUGCCUGCUGGAGCGCCCCCACGCCCCGGCGAAAAGAUCCUUUACCGACUUCACGGAGGAGGCUAUAUCCAACUUUCUGCACAUCCCACGGACCCCACCGCAAAUAUCGCUCAUGGCAUCCUGAAACACUCAUUGUCUAUCACCCGAAUAUUUUCCAUCGAAUACAGGUUAUCAACUUCGGAACCCUAUAAGCCGGAACAUCCAUUUCCUGCUGCCUUACUGGAUGCAAUUGCGGGCUACAAUUACCUUGUUAACGAGAUUGGCUUCGACUCUUCCGACAUUAUCAUUCAGGGUGACUCGGCCGGCGGAAACUUGGCACUGGCUCUUAUUCGAUAUAUCCGGGACCACCAACAACACCAUCCUGAUCUCCGACUUCCACGGCUACCAGCAGGACUUUUACUCCUUUCUCCAUGGACGGAUCUUGGCCGCUCUCACGAGGGGCCGAAUACAUCGCUCUCCAACUUUUACUCGUGCGAUUAUACCAGUGCUCGUGUAGUGCAACGUUUUUCCUACUCCAAACGUGCAUUCCUGGGCCCGUUUGGACUCGGCUUCGCCGAACGGUGUGUCUAUAUUUCUCCUGCAUCCCUUAACUCGUGGGUAGGAGCACGAUUCGAGGGUUUUCCGAGGACUUUAAUAUGUUCUGGCGGCGCUGAGCCAUUGCUGGACUCCAUCCGAUCGCUACUGUGGAAGAUGGAAAGGGAUAUGGGCUUGGGCGCAGGUGAAGGACAAGUCAGUUACUACGAAGCUAAGGACUCGUUGCACGAUCACCUCAUAUUCCCUUGGCACGAACCGGAGAAUGGGGAGACACUAACAGUCAUCGCAGAUUGGGUCGACCAUGGCUGGCGGGACUCUAGAGUGUAGCCGGGUAUAUGAUCCCUGGUAGCGCAAUACGUACCGCCCGAACCGUGAGAAUCUGAGCCACUCUGUAGUGGGAAUUUUCCCAUCACUUAGUACCACUUGCCAUUUUCGAAGCUUCUUUUGCGGGGUAUCAAGCUCUUCAAGUUUUGUUGGCGAUCGCUAAGUGAUUCCUCACCUUCGCCCACUCGUGGAAGUCAUCGCAAAACCAGGUGGCUAUGCACCUGCAUUUCCGCACCAGCGUUUUUGCAGCGCACAACAUCGGGACCAAUGUUUAGGCAAUGUGCAUAGGUACCAUUUAAUUCGUC